CAAAUAGAGUAACGCCAAAUACUUCCUGGUGCAUACGUUUAUUGUCACAUGACAUUUUGUUUCACCAGUGGAAUGUAGACCAACCGAAAGCAGCAUUUUAUCAUAAACUGAUGUAACAUUAAAUGGAACUAUCAUCUCGAUGACAUGACAGCAGCUUGUCAGGUUGUCACCACCAUGUCUCUCAGGGGCGACCGUACCUCGGUGUUCACGUUCCAGUCUACGGUUCACAGCUCCCACGUCCUGACGCGUCUCAACGACCAGAGACUGAGUGAUGUGUUGUGUGAUGUUACACUAGUGGCAGGUGGCAGGGCGUUCAGGGCCCACUGCUCUGUACUGGCCUCCUGUAGUGACUACUUCCACAGCAGGAUCCUCAACCACACCAGCCCCAGCCUGGUGCUCACUCUGCCUGAUCAGGUAACAGCAGAGGGGUUUGAACCAUUGCUACAGUUCUGCUACACCUCCAAGCUGCUCUUCACCAAAGACAAUAUCAUGGCCAUCCACAGGUGUGCCGGGCUCCUGGGGUUUCACAACCUGGAGACUAGCUGCUUCGACUUCCUUCUGCCAAAGUUCCUGGAGGGUAGCAACGUUACAGCCCAGGAGGCAAGAAGAAGAAGAGGAGGCUGCUGUCAGGGCAGGUCUCAGAUCAGGUCCUCCAACCAGGGAAGAUUGCCUAGUGGCAGUUUAGCCCACAAUACAGACACAAACCAAGACCGAGAGCAGCAGGUUUUACCUCAUCCCCAGAACACGGGCCCAAGCCAGACAACAGGAAGUGAUGUCAGGGCACAGUGUUCAACUGCCAACCCAAGUGGAACAAUGUCACACCAGAGUUUAACAGUGCCUUCGGACGGAAACGUACAAAUAAACUUUCUGUCGUCAUCCCGAUGUCCAAAGAGCCUGGCCUUACUAGUCAACCCGGUCAGCAGUGGUCGGGAGAAGUUCUGUUUACAGACCUGUGGUCCCAACAUGUCACCCUUAUCCCUCGGGGGAGUGCCAUCCUCCAGUGGUCUUGGUGUCUGUCCCAUCCUGGCCAUGCCGUGUCCUGGUGGUGUUGACCGUAAGCCAGACCCCAACGCCGUUUUCAGUGACAGAGACAUCCUAGGGAUGGAGGCAGUGGUGUGUCCCAUGACGAUGGGUGAGGGGAGUCUGAGAGAUUGCCCACUCUCCAGUGAACUGCCGUCCCAUGACGACGCGAGCCCAUCAGACCUUAUUGAGGCAACGGUGUGUCCCAUGACGAUGGGUGAGGGGAGUCUGAGAGAUUGCCCACUCUCCAGUGAACUGCCGUCCCAUGACGACGCAAGCCCAUCAGACCUUAUUGAGGCAACGGUUGGAGAG